AUGAAUUGUUGCGGAUUCUGGAUAUGGGAGCUCUUGAUCCUAUUCGAAGUGGUUAACUUAUCAAUACAAGUAAAAUUCGAAUUUGUUCUAGAUGACGAUUCAGUAUAUAGCGACUGCAGCGAUGCACCGCCUGGAAUCCUCAACAUAGACGCUUUUUUUGACCGGUCUAAUCUGAGCACAAUUAUGGUCCCUCAAGGAAUCCAAAUGUCGGGGAAUAUAACUUCAGUGUUUAAUUCCCAAGCAUCGGAUCGCGUUGAGAUGACUGCAAGCUUACUUCACUACGAACGAGGUUUUUGGCAACCAACCACUUUAAAUAUAAAAGUAAAGGACUUCUGUGCGGUUAUGUAUGAUGAAAAGCAACUGUGGUACAAACCCUGGAGUUCGCAUAUAACAAAUAGGAAGGAAAUUGAAGACAAAUGUUUUUCGUUUGGUACCGUCUAUGUAAUGGAAAAUUAUACCAUGGAGUUGGGAUUUGGAAGUGGUAUACCACUGCCUGUUGGGCGUUACAGCGUUCGCGUUGAGGUUUACUCAAUUGACAAAUCAGAACAAAGACGUCCACAUGGUAUCUGCUAUGAACUCAUUGGUAACUUUUAUAAAAUCUGA